AUGGCCGCCCACUCGGCCCCGCCCCUCCCGCCGGCGAGUACGACGUGCACCUGCUUCUGGAAUUUGUGCACGCCCCUCAAGGGCGGCAAGAACAAGACGCUGACGGACCUCGCGAGCGCCAAGGACGCGAGCGCCCCGAGCGCCGAGGACACGAUCCAGGCGCAGCAGCAGUUCACGCGCGGCAGCGCCCUGCACAGCAAGGAGCAGCUCCACGAGGCCAUCGCCGCCUACCGCGCCGCGGCGGUCCUCGACCCGACGCGCACGGACGUGCUCUACAACCUGGCGAACGCGCUCCAGGACGUGGGCCAGCUCCUCGAGGCGCGCCACGUCUACGCCAAGGUCAUCGCCCUCAUGCCGGACCACUACGCGGCGCACUACAACCUGGGCUACGUGCUCGAGGAGUUGGGGGAGAUCGAGCCCGCGCUCCGCGAGUUCCGCACGGCGAGCGCGCUCGACCCGAACGACAAGGACGCGCUCGUCAACAUCGGCAACAUCCUCAUGCAGCUCCACGAGAUCGAGGCCGCCAUCGCCGAGUACAAGAAGGCCGUGGCCCUCGAUCCCACGUCCGUCAUGGCCUUCUACAACCUCGCGUCGGCCGCGCACGCCCUCAACCAGCACGACCUCGCGAAGCAGUACUUCGCGAAGACGAUCCUCCUCGACCCCCACUACGCCGACGCCCACUUCAACCUCGGCAUCGUCCACCAGGAGAGCGGCGUCCUCGACGAGGCCCUCAAGUGCUACGACGAGGCCGCGCGCCUCAACCCGGACCUCGUCGAGGCCGUCCGCGCGGCCAACUCCAUCCGCGCCAACGCCAACCGAUGA